AUGGGGAGGGACCCCGAAUUUUGGGAGAGACCCAAAGAGCUUCGGCCCGAGAGGUUCCUUGAGAGCGAGAUGGAUGUUAGGGCCCGUGAUCCAAUGUUUAUCCCAUUUGGGAUAGGCCGAAGGGGUUGCCCUGGGAUGGUGAUGGGGCUAGUGGCCACCGAGCUUUCCCUAGCCAACUUGUUGUACGCUUUUGAUUGGGAAUUGCCGACCAGGAUGAAAGAGGAUGAUGAGGAUUUCGAUGUCUUGCCGGGGAUGACGACGGAUAAGAAGAAGCCUAUAUAG